AUGAGAGGGACAAAUUCUAGCAACCCGGCAGGGUUUAUCUUGCUGGGCUUCUCUGAGCAUCCCCGGCUGGAGAAGGUCCUCCUUGUGGCCAUCUCCAUCAUAUAUGUACUGACACUGGUGGGGAACACAGCCAUCAUCCUGGUCUCCUUCUUGAACCCCAAGCUGCACACGCCCAUGUACUUCUUCCUGUCGAAUCUGUCCUUCCUGGACCUCUGCUUUACAACGAGCAUUGUCCCACAGAUGCUGGUGAAUCUCAGGGGCCCCGAGAAGACCAUCAGCUACACGGGCUGUGUGCUCCAGCUCUAUGUGGCGCUGGGGCUGGGCUCCACUGAGUGCAUCCUCCUGACGGUGAUGGCUUAUGACCGCUUCAAUGCCAUCUGCCGCCCCCUGCACUAUGGCGUCAUCAUGCACCCCAGGCUGCUCCGGCAGCUUGCAGCUGUGGCCUGGAGCAGUGGUUUUGUGGAGUCCACGCUUCAGACCAUCCUCGUCUUCCAGCUGCCUCUCUGCAACCACCACAGGGUGGAUGAUUUCAUGUGUGAGGAGCCCGCCCUGAUUAAAAUUGCCUGUGUGAACACCACCUUCCUGGAGAACGAGCUCUCCAUAGCCAUCGUCCUCUAUGUGGUCAUACCGCUGGGGCUGAUUCUGGUCUCCUACGGCUGCAUCGCCAGGAGCGUGCUGAGAAUCAGGUCCACGGAAGGCAGGAGGAAAGCGUUUGGGACCUGCGGGUCCCACCUGCUGGUUGUGGUUUUGUUCUUCGGGACUAUAAUUUCUGUCUACAUCCAACCCAAGAGCGAGUACACGCAGAACCACAGUAAAUUCCUCACCCUCUUCUAUACUGUAGUGACGCCCUCGCUUAAUCCUCUCAUCUACACGCUGAGAAACAAGGAGGUUAAGUGGGCUCUGAGGAGACUGCUGUGGAGGGACCCACAUCAGGGACAACCGUGACACGUACUCAGCCAUUCCCCAGGUGCCGAGGACUUACACAUCCCGCGUCUAAGGGUCACAGCUUCGGCUCCGCAGUAAAACAGGUGUGACAUUUCCUUUCAAUGGCGUCCUGAAGUUACUACCCUAAGCCCUUCUUUUCAUCCUCCUUUCCCAAACUGUUAUGUGUCUUUUUCUGGCUAAUUUGUAAAGAUGCUGUGUAUACAUGAACACGUUUAGAGGCAGGAGCGUGUGCACGUGAAUCAUACUUCCAGGAAUCCCGGAGUUAUUGCUCUGGUAACGAACUAUCGCCAUGAGCAGACAGAAGGCAGCUCCAGCUCGCGCUGGUCACGGCUGCCAGGUGGGUCUAGCUGAGGACAGGGCUCUGCAGGGGGGGCUGCGUCUGCAGCUCGCCGGCCGGUUAGGGCCCUGCACACCCACAGCUGCCUGACGGUUUGUCUUAUCAGGGGUUGUUGAUUCUCACAUAUUCAGCAGGGCGUCUGGGGUUCCAUGCACCCGGGACCAUUCUGAUCUCUCCCAGCCACAGAGAAAGUCUCCAAGGAGAACGACCAACGUGACUGUUUCUCUACUACACGUUACCACAGUGUGGUAACUCUUGUUACCACAGAG